AUGGGCUCGGCGUCUGCCGGAGGAGAGCAGAGUGUGCGAGUGCAGCAGCAUAGUGUGGAUGUGGAUCAGGAAAUACUGUACAUCACGUGGUCCGAUGGCCACGCCUCCCAGUAUCCCUUGGGUCGGUAUGUGCGCAUCAACCACAGCAUUCCGCAGCGAGACAGCCAUUUCACGGUGCCGCUGGAGCAGGUCCGUCCCUGGUACGAGGCAAUGCCCCUGUUCGUUCGCCUGGCCCAUGAGCAGGCAUGCAGUUUCAAGACCACACCCGGCGAUGUGCUCACAUUCAACAACCUGCGCUUGGUCCACGGUCACACGGGGUACGACGACACGGACCGCAAUGUGCGGCACAUCGUUGGCGCCUUCAUCGACUGGGACAUUGUCUACUCACGCCUGCGUGUCCUCAGGAAUUCCAAGAGCAACUCUUGA